CAUUACUUCAACUACUACCACUACAAACGCAUCUAAUAGACCUCAUGAUAUUUCUUAUAUAAUCAAUGCCAAUAAGGCUGACCCGUCACGAUUGUCACCGCAUCGACAACAGACGCUAGAUGUAGAUCAGGAUUCGGAGAUUAGAGCCUCCUACCAGCAGGAAGAACACCAGGUUCCUGACUUGUUGGAAGAAAUGGAGAAAUGAUAUGGGUUCAUGCAAGAAAGUAGCGAUCAAGCGUCUGGAAGCGAUACGUUGGCCAAAAUUAAGGCACAUGAAGUUGAGCGAGCUCAAAAGUGGGCGAAAAUGGCCAAGAAGCAAGAGAAGAACGGAGAAGUAUUGCAUUCAUUCGAUUGGUCACCAAAGUUUGUGAAAAGAGUAUACAAAGGCAUUCCUGAUUGCUGGAGGCGUGAUGCGUGGUAUUUCCUAGCCACCAGCGGAUUGAAAGGCUUGAAUAAGGACGCAGCUUUGAAGCAAAAAUAUGAGCAUCUACUGGAAAUGCCAUCGUCACAUGAACGCCAGAUUGACCUAGAUAUUCCACGAACUAUGCGGGACCAUAUCAUGCUUCGUGAGAGAUAUGGAUUUGGGCAAAGAGUCUUAUUCAAUGUACUUCGGGCAUUCGCAAAUUAUGAUGAAGAGGUUGGAUACUGCCAAGGCAUGAGCAACAUUGUUGCGACAUUAGUGAUGUAUUUUGAGGAAGAGAAAACCUUCACCAUGCUUGUUCACAUGUUCCAAAAGUGCAACCUGCACAAUCUCUUUAUACAAGGCUUUCCUGCAUUGGUCGAAAGCUUUUAUAUCCAGGAAAGACUCCUGGAGCAGCAUCUACCGAAGGUUGCGAAACAUAUGAACAACAACGAUAUAACUAGCAGCUCUUAUGCAACAAGAUGGUACAUUACGCUAUUUACAGGAGGCAUUGUAAAUUAUCAUACACUACUUCGAAUAUGGGACGUCCUGCAUAUGUGUGGCUUUGAUGUCUUAUACUAUGUAGCAUUAGCACUGAUGAAGACGAUACAGAAAAAGAUUCUGGAAGGAGACUUUGAAUCGAACAUGAUGCUGUUAAGCUCUAUUAUACCCGUAGAAGAUGACGAUAAAUUUAUGAAGGUUGUAAGAAAAUAUUAUGAGCGUAGUGUCGAGGCGGGCACAAUCAAAAAGCUGCGAAACGAAUACAAAAACCUGUGAAAUUUUCACCAAACGGUUUUCCUGUCACUCAACGCUAAAUUAACUGCAGUUUUCUUCAUUACCUUCUCCCACCAUAUACACCAUAAACAAUCAUACCAUAGUCAAUUUAAUGCUAAAUUUCUCAUAUCUACGCCGCCCCCAAAUUUAUAAACUUGCUGCUGUACUUGAGACUAAGAGAUUGGUCCAUCAGGACACCGUCAUUCAAAGCCUUCGCGACAGACUUUCUCUUCAGAAAGCAUCAGAGCUGAAGGUAGAGGCCAUAUCUACUGGAGUUCAAACGUCAGGCACAAAGACGGAGGUCCUGGAUCGUAUCAUUUCACAGUACAACGAUGUUAUUUCACCCAAUGUAACGACAACCGGUCUAAAAAUGGUUCCUGAAUCUGUGAUAUCAAUUGAUGUUGGGUA